AUGGGUCAGCGAGUUGAGAAGAGAGAUGCAGAGCCCGAGGGCAAGAAGAGUCAAAACAAUGUGAGUGAGUACGGUAACAUUGAAGCAAUACAAUUCCUGAUAAUCGCCGGGGAGCCCUACGAUCCCUCCAUCUUCAAAAGUAGAAAACAAGCCUUCGAUUACGUCGUGACCCCCACAUCGUCCUUCCGUCCUGAGGCGGAGCUGGAAUUCCUCACGGACCGACCGUUUUUUCUCGGCUCCGCAACCCCAACCCUCUGCCUCUCUGCCUCUGCCUCUGCCUCUGCCUCUGCCUCUACCUCUACCCCUACCUCUCAAUCUCCAUCGACACUCUCGCACGCGACGCGCCCCCCAGCCAUGUCCGCCGCCCCCGCCCCAGGCGCCGCGAAGGCCACCUCCUCAGACAAGAGCAAGAGCGCCGACGCCGCGAAGGACACGACCAAGCCCACCGCCGCGCUGGAGGAGGACGACGAGUUUGAGGAUUUCCCCGUCGAGACACCCCUCCCCCUUUCCCCAGCUCCAGCUCCAGCUCCAGCUCCAGCUCCAGCUCCAGCUCCAGCUCCAGCUCCAGCUCCAGCUCCAGCUCCAGCCCCAGCUCCAGCCCCAGCUCCAGUUCCCCAGCGAACACGAGAAUGA